UCCCGGGGCGGCCGCGGUGCCGCGGCUCCGCACCAUGGACCGGCUCAGCGUGCUGGACCAGCUCCUGCCAGAGCUCAGCGUUCUGCUCAAGCUGCUGGACCACGAGUACCUGAGUGCCACCACGCAGGAGAAGAAGCUGGCCGUCUCCACCAUCCUGCAGAAGCUGCAGCCGCCUGCAGGGAAGGACGUGGACUACAUGUACGUCAACACAGCGUCCCUGGGCAAUGGCACCAGCUUCGUGGAGUCCCUCUUUGAGGAGUUUGACUGUGACCUGCGGGACCUGCAGGACAUGCAGGAGGAGGAGGGGGACACCAGCGACGCCGUUGGCUCGGAGCUGGCGGGGAGCCAGACAGCCAAACCUGUUCCUGCGGAUCCUGCUCCUCCUCUGCCCACCACUCCCCCUCCUGAGGAUUACUACGAGGAAGCGCUGCCCCUGGGCCCUGGCAAGGCCCCCGAGUACAUCACCUCCCGCAACAGCUCCAGCCCCCCCAACUCCAUCGAGGACGGCUACUACGAGGAUGCAGACAGCAGCUACCCCGUCACCAGGAUAAAUGGGGAGCAGAAAAGUUCCUACAAUGACUCGGAUGCCAUGAGCAGCUCUUACGAGUCCUACGACGAGGAGGAGGAGGAGGGCAAGGGCCAGCAGCUGACACACCAGUGGCCCUCGGAGGAGGCCUCCAUGAACCUGGUGAAGGAUUGCCGGAUCUGCGCCUUCCUCUUGCGCAAGAAGCGCUUCGGACAGUGGGCCAAGCAGCUCACCAUCAUCCGGGAUGGCAAACUGCUGUGCUACAAAAGCUCCAAGGACCGGCAGCCACACGUGGAGGUGCCCCUGGCCACCUGCAACGUCAUUUACGUCCCCAAGGACGGGCGGCGCAAGAAGCACGAGCUGCGGUUCUCGCUGCCGGGGGCCGAGGCGCUGGUGCUGGCGGUGCAGAGCAAGGAGCAGGCUGAGGAGUGGCUCAAGGUGAUAAAGGAAGCCAGCAGCCCAGCAGCAGGCGGGAUGGAAGCCCCCACCUCCCCAGUGAUGCCGUGCAAGAUGGAGCUGGACAAGCGGCUGUCCCAGGAGAAGCACACCUCGGACUCGGACAGCGUGGCCAUGGGUGACAGCGGGUCCCCAGCCGCCCGCAGGGAGCACGGCGAGCACGGGAAAGGCAAAAAGAGCGGCCUGGCUGACCUGAAGGGCUCGAUGAGCCGGGCAGCGGGGAAGAAAAUCACCAGGAUCAUCAGCUUCUCCAAGAAGAAGCCGUGCCCCGAGGACACCCAGACCUCCUCCACCGAGGAGGACAUCCCCUGCUGCGGCUACCUCAGCGUGCUGGUGAACCAGUGCUGGAAGGAGCGCUGGUGUCGCCUCAAGGGCAACACCCUGUACUUCCACAAGGACCGCACGGACCUGCGCACGCAUGUCAACGCCAUCGUCCUGCGGGGCUGCGAGGUGCUGCCCGGGCUGGGCCCCAAGCACCCCUUCGCCUUCCGCAUCCUGCGCCACGGGCACGAGGUGACGGCGCUGGAGGCGAGCUGCUCUGAAGACCUGGGCCGCUGGCUGGGUCUCCUCUUGGUGGAAACGGGCUCCCAGACAGCCCCAGAGGCCUUGCACUACGACUACGUGGAUGUGGAGACCAUUGCCAACAUCGUGACGGCCGUGAGACACUCCUACCUGUGGGCCAGCUCCUCUCAGGAUCACCGAGCGGACUCCUCUCGGGUGGUGUACGAUGAUGUCCCCUAUGAGAAGGUUCAGGCAGACGAGGAGCCGGGCCGGCCGGGGGCCGCUCAGGUGAAGCGCCACGCCUCGUCCUGCAGCGAGAAGUCUCGACGGGUGGACCCGCAGGUCAAAGUGAAGAGACACGCAUCCAGUGCCAACCAGUACAGGUACGGCAAGAACCGGGCCGAGGAGGACGCCAGGCGAUUCCUGACGGAGAAGGAGAAGCUGGAGAAGGAGAAGGCGUCGAUCCGCAGCGAGCUGGUGUCGCUGCGGAAGGAGAAGAGGGAGCUGCGGGAAGCCAUGAAGGGCAGCACGGGGCCGCGGCUGCAGGAGCUGGAGCAGCGGGUGGCGGUGCUGGAGGAGCGCUGCCGGCAGAAGGAGGAGUCUCGGGUCGAUCUGGAGCUCAAGCUGACCGAAGUGAAGGAGCAGCUGAAGCAGUCGCUGGCAGGAGGGCCGGCCCUGGGGCUGGCUGUGACCAGCAAGACUGAGAAUGGGGAAACCACAAACAAGCCAAACGGGAGCCCCCCUGAGCACUUGGUUCCUGUGAACUGUGCGGCAGAGCUGAGGAAGAGAAGCCCCUCCAUCAUCCCUGCCAACACGGGGACCGUGCUGCGGAAAGCCAAGGAAUGGGAAAAGAAGCAGACUUAAGUCAGCCUGCCAAACCCUGAACACACAGUGGGGAUCACAGAGGAGCCACCAGCCCCUUUUCUCUGAGACACUGGAAGGGUGGAAGAGACGUUCUGCCAGCCCCAUCACCACUAUAAACCAGGGAAAGGGGGCAGGAGGGGACUGGGGAGGUGGGUGGGGA